ACCACUGAUAUGAGCAGUUUCACCAACUUCACAGACCAAACUGCGACAGACUUUAAUAGUCUCUGGAACUCUACCACCCAAAACACUCCACUUGCUGCAACGCCCGGGAUGCCGGUAGAAGCAGAAUGUGUGCAGUCGCCUAUGCUGUCCCCGUAUGUCUCCAAGACUGAUGUAAACUACAUUGAAGACUCUUGUGUGGCCAUGCUCAGCUUUGGGGCUUGGAUUGAAAAGAACUGUUCGGAGCUCCUGCCUUUCAUAUGUUAUGAAGAUCGUUUCUUGGGCCAAGCCAUUGUGACCAACAACACGUCUGAGAGCGCCCACUUAUCAUGGCUGCCCGGGCCUGGUAACAUCAGCCAUUACCGCAUAGAGGUAAAAGGGGACAAAAAUCGGACAGAAAUCCAGACUGACAAUUUGACCUAUGACCUUGUCAACCUGACAGCAGGCACCGGCUACUCGGUCCAGGUGUUCCCGGUAAAAUGUGCGCGAGACCUCCACCCGCAGAAGGUCAUCUUCUACACCAAACCCCACAAAGUGGAAAGCCUCUCAGUCACCAACGUGACAGAAACUUCUGUCUUCCUGAGGUGGAACAAACCAGCUGGAAACUUAGAUUUCUACAUUAUUAAGGGCCAGGGUGGUGAGCAGAUCCGAAGUGACACCGAGAGCAAAGAAGUUGACAGUUUGAUACCUGGAAACCUUUACACAUUCACCGUCCAUUCAGUGGUCAAUGACAAAUGGAGUGAAGGAUGCCACAUCACAAAAUACACUAAGCCCGGGAAAGUGUUGGAGCUGAGGGUGUCUAACAAUACCCAAAAUUCAGUGCUGCUUAGCUGGAGGCCACCUAAGGGAAAAUACACGGGUUUCUUGGUGAAUGCUGCAUAUGGCAAUAAUACGAAUGUAGCAGGGCUUCCAUUGGAGGUGAACCACACUGAAUGGAAUGUAACAGGGCUGCCAGUUGGCACCGAGAUAACUCUCAGUGUGACAGCACUGACCAAUGGCACUUUGAGGGGAAAAGAAGAGACUGUCGUCGACUACACUGCUCCUGGACCUGUCUCAGGCCUCGUUUUGGAGCCAACACAUGACUCCCUCACUGCCAAAUGGAAUUCAACUGGGGAAAAUUCUUUCACCGUCAAGCUCUACCUGGAUGACCAAAAUGUAGAUACACGCAACACAAAAUCACCCGAAUGGCGCUUUGAUGGACUAAAGACUGCAGCCAAUUACACACUGAUUGUCUACGCCUUUAGUGGACAUCGCACAAGCCCGUCAGUGAGAAACUCCUGUUUCACUAAGCCAAUGCCACCUACUAAUGCCACAGCCCUUUCCUCUAAUAAAAACCAAAUCACCUUUCAGUGGAAGCCACCUGAAAACAUAACAACAAGAGCAAACUACUCUCUGAGAAUCAGCUCCCACUUCUGGGGCGUCAACCGGUCAGAAACUACUAACAACACCAGUUACACGUUUGGUGACUUGAAGUCAGGGACCAGGUACGACUUUGAAGUACGAACAGUGGCCGAUAGAGAGCCAAGUAAUCCAGCAUGUGUGUCACAUUGGACAGAGGCAGAGAAAAGGGAAAUCAGCCUGUCCAUGUUGUGCUCUUCGACUGAACCUCUCCUCUGUGAUCAAAACACCACAAGGGAAGAUGUGUUCAACCAGUUGUAUGCACGUUUCAACACGCUGUUGGGGGACAAUGUUUUCUGGGAACUCACGAAGCAGAAAGCAGGAGACUGACAACAAAGGAACACAAGAAUUAUAAUGUUGCUUUGGGUUUUUUCAAUGGGUAUUGAUGAAGGUAUUUUGUGUUUUCUGGUGUUUUCUGUCUUGGGUUUACUUUUAUGCACUAUACUGCUGCUCAGGAAAUCAAAUAUUAAGCCUUAGUGUGUAGUGAUUAGAAGAAUUAAGUAAUUAUUAUGUUGUCUUUUGUGAUUUUAAAUCGAGUUACAAGUUGACUGCUCUGACUCUCUUUUAUAUUUUUAACUUUCAAAACAAUGCCACAAAUAAACCUACAAAACUGAACUCUAUUUCCUACCUUUGCUGCUUUCCUCUUGUCUAUCGUUUAUGUAUUUUAUAUCAUUUUAGUUCUCUUGAUGUUAUUUUGUGUAUGGCCCGUUU